AUGUCACGCGGAUUGACCUCCCGGCAACUCCUCAUCAGCUGCGCUGAGCUCAUUUCUCAGCUCGACUUCUCCUCCGCUCGCCGCCUCAUUUCCAUUCUAUCCUCCUCGAAUUCCUCCCCUUACGGAGACUCCACCGAGAGACUAGUCCACCAGUUCGUUCGGGCCCUCUCUCUCCGCCUGUCUGCAGUGGAGGCGGCUCCACGAGAAACCGUGAGUGUUGCCGCCGCGACUGCAUCAUCUGCCUCCACCUCCAACACGUUGCUGGAGGUGGAGACGGAAGCAGAAGAGGAGGCACUUCAGUCGUGCUACCUAACCCUAAACCAGAUAACCCCAUACAUCAGGUUCAGCCACUUGACAGCGAAUCAAGCCAUCCUCGAAGCCAUAGACUCGACUCACCACGCCAUCCACAUCCUCGACUUUGACAUCAAACACGGCGUCCAAUGGCCACCGUUGAUGCAGGCCCUCGCGGAGAGAUCCUACGGCUCAAGCUCAUCUCUUCACCACCCUCCUCCGAUGCUCCGCAUCACCGCCACCGGUCGCGAUCUCACUCUCCUCCGCCGAACCGGCGAGCGCCUCCUCCGGUUCGCCCAGUCUCUCGGCCUCACCUUCCACUUCCGCCCCAUCGUUCUCUUAAACGACGUCGCAAUGAUCGACUACCUCAACCCGGCAUCGCUCGGUCUCUUCUCUGACGAAGCCCUCGCUGUCAACUGCGUCCUCUACCUCCACAGACUCCUCACGGACGACGCACGUGACCUCCACCUCUUUCUCGACAAGAUCAGAGGCUUGAACCCGAAGAUAGUAACAGUAGCCGAGCGAGAAGCCAAUCACAAUAGCCCCAUGUUUUUCAACAGGUUUGUCGAGGCGGUGGACCACUACGGCGCCGUUUUUGGCUCCUUGGAAGCUACCCUCCCGCCGAACAGCAGGGAGAGGCUGGCGGUGGAGCAGGUGUGGUUCGGAAGAGAGAUUGCUGACGUGGUGGCGGCAGACGAUGAUCAAAGAAGAAAGCAGUUGAGGCAUGAGAGAUAUGAGAAUUGGGAGAUGAUGAUGAGGAGGUCGGGGUUCUCGAAUGUUCCGUUGAGUCCCUUCGCUCUUUCACAAGCGAAGCUUCUUCUCCGGCUUCACUACCCUUCCGAGGGUUACCAGCUUCACAGCCUCAAAGACUCGUUCUUCUUAGGUUGGAUGAAUCGUCCCCUUUUCUCAGUUUCUUCUUGGAACUAA